UGCAAUGAUUCACAUUGUAUGAAACUACCCGUCGCUUUGAUUCAGAUUUGAUGGGGCUCCUCCUUUCUGCCAUUUAACUCUGAUUCGGAGCAAUCGUUGCUUUCUCAAUCUAACUACAAUGUGCAUAGAGUUUAGAAGAGAACAGGAUGCAUUAGUUACGAGCUCAGUGUCUUGGCCAAAGCCAAAGUCAAUUAUCAAGCUGGUUUGGCAACCGCAGAGCCGUAAAGCCAUUUGCAAUUUGGAUGUAAAUUGCGCCCAUAGGCUGAGCCAGGCUGAUUGCGCUUAUCAGCCUCUUAUGCACACCCAUUUAGAAGUGAUGGCGUUCUCCCCGGUUUCGCGGUAUAAAUGGUCCUGAUCAGAACCGAGAGUCCCACAGUCAGUCUGGAAUCUCCAAGGGGAACGGACCUGAGAGUACUUACGAGAAAAGUUCGCACUGAAAAUGUUCUCCUUCAGCUUUUUGUGCCUGCUGGCCAUCUGCGGAUGCACUUUUGCCUACAUAGAGAUUCCGCAGGAUUAUCUCGAUGCAAUUAUCCAGGAUAAAGCAGACGAAUCCUCAGCCGGCGAGUAUAACUACGAUGAGCAGGGCGACGAUUGGACGGGAACCUGCCAAACUGGAACCAACCAAUCGCCCAUAGAUCUCAUUUUCGAGGAUUCGAAAGUUGUGGCCAUUCCCCGCCUGCGUUUCUACAACUAUGACCAAGCCCUUCAAACUCCUCUGGUGAUUACGAACAAUGGACACACUGCAAACAUGGUUAUACCGCUUACUCGAGCUGGCCAACGGCCCUCCAUAAACGGCAGUCUGUUGCCCGGCGACUUCGAGGUCCAAAGUGUGCACUUCCACUGGGGAUCCCCGCACACCAAGGGAUCGGAGCACGCCAUCAACUAUCAGCGCUACGACGUGGAGAUGCACAUUGUCCACAAGAACAGGAUCUACGACACAAUGGGCGAGGCUACCCUGCAUCCCGAUGGACUGGCGGUUUUAGGGGUAAUGUUUAGGGCCGUGGAUCGUGUGACCUCCCAGCACUACGGACUAAACAAGAUCUUCAACCAGCUGCCGAGAAUCGUGGAGUACAACUCGAAUGCCACCAUCACCGGGACACUGACAGUCGGCCAGUUGUUGGGAAAUAUUGUGACAGGAGAGUUCUUCACGUACAACGGAUCGCUGACCACUCCGGACUGUGCGGAAGCUGUCACGUGGACUGUGUUCCCCGACGUUCUCGACUAUCCACGUCGGCAGAUCGCAAAGCUGUGGAAUCUCAGGGACUCACGAAGAAUGCCGCUGGUCGACAACUACAGGAGUAUCCAGGACACCAACGGAAGGGAUGUUUACUACCGUGUACUACAAUAAGAACCGCAAAUAUAAAGAAGCCUUCCUUUAAAGUUGAAUCCAUCAAA